AUGCCGCAGGACGAUACCAAGAUCCAUCCAACUCUCACGGCGGGCGGCCAUGUGGAAGACCGCAGCCAGCCAUCCCUGCCUGUCGUCCAUAGACGCUUCGCCAACCCGUCGCCACUGGGUCUUCUUUCAUUUGCUACAGGCAUCUUUCUUAUUUCGAGCUUCGGUGUCCAUGCUCGUGGAAUCCAAACGCCUAAUGUCAUGAUAGCAGUGUUGAUCUUCUUUGGAGGAAUAUGCCAAUACAUUGUGGGCAUCAUGGAAUUCAUCUCUGGCAACACAUUUGGCACUGCAGUCUUCAUGUCAUACGGUGCUUUCAACAUUUCAUAUAGCAUGAUCUAUCUUCCUGGCUCUGGCAUCAUCGCUGCCUACACCGAUUCGGCCGGCAACCUGAGUCCGGACUUCCAGCAGUCCAUCGCUCUGUACCUGUGGGCAUGGUUUAUCCUGACCGUCAUCUACACCGUCGCGGCUAUUAGAAGCUCUUGGAUUCUGUUCCUGGAUCUUCUGGCACUCGAUGUCUGCCUAAUCCUACUCGCAACUGGAAAUAUGAUUGGAAACACUGCGGUUCUCAACGCCGGUUAUGCCUUCGGAUACUUGGUAGCUAUCCUUAGUUAUUGGUCAGGAUGUGCAGGAUUAUUUGCCGGUGGCAUUACCCCCUGGGAAGUCCCAACGUUCCCGAUGUAUAAGGAAGCCUAA